AUGGAGAUCUCUAGACAGGAAGCUUUCAUCAAGCUUAAACCGCCAUGCGUUGAGCUCAGCUCGGUGGGCCUGCGAUUCCGUGGGCGACAAGCAACUCCAAAUGAUGUCUUUCGCGCCCUUCAGCCAGUGUACAAUGUACUGGACGAGCUUGCUCGUAAAGAAGCCUUAGAUGAAAAGUUGGCGGAAUAUGCAUUCUUCCCAUUAUGCCAUAUCUUCAACGAAACCCAAAGGUCUCCAGUCAACUGCCUGGAACUUUCCGUCAAGUGUCUGCGCAUCCUUGUUGAGAAAGGAUGGGGAAGGCAAUUAUCACCACAGAUGGGCAAGCAGCUCAUCAUUCUGCUAACUUUGAUUGUGGGUGGCACGCCGAAUAAAUCAGGUGAAACCAGUUCAUCACAGACUCGGUCACCAGAGCUCGCCAUUGCGGGGUUCAACUGUCUUCUCGCUAUCUUCAAUGUUCUGGAUGGACCUGUCGCUAAGCAGACUAUCUACCAUGAAGUCGGCACCGCCACUGUUGUUGAUCAGAUGGUCUACCUGAUGCUCGAAGGUGCUGCAGAUGAGGGAUCAGACGAACUCUGCAUAUCUGCAGCCAAGGCACUUCAAGCACUUUUUCAGCGUAUCACAGAUCGAGUAGUGCUGGCAAGUAUAAUGCCACGGACAGUCUCAACUUUGACAAAAAUCAUAAAACCAUCAACUCAGGUCCGGCGGUCGUAUAAGCUUCUAUCAGUCUGUUUACAGAUUUUCAACCACCUGCUGAGGACAGUGCUGAACGAUCAAAUUGCCAAAACGUCAGAAAAAUCAGCUCCUUCCCAAAAUGCGGAGGACCAAAUGGUGCUUGACGCAUCCUGGCUCAAAGCGACUACUACACAAAUCAAACUUGCUCUUGCAAAUGUUACCCAAAUAAGGCGGCAUGAUCGACCCGAAGUACAGACAGCACUCCUGGAACUCUGCCUGAUGAUAGUAGAAGACUGCCAGGAAACACUACAAGAGGCACUGCCCAUCAUUGUCGAGACUGUUGUUGUAUUGUCCAACGUGGAUGAAAACCAGGUGCCGAAUGAGGCAUUCGUUGCACUAAGACAUCAUGCCACCACUUAUCCCGCCGUGAUUGACUCUUUGAAGGACUCUCUUCAUACGUGGGUCACUGCCUUCCCCAGGACCAUGCAGAGCAACGACGAAACGGCGAAGCAGUGGGCGGUUAAGCAAAUAUCGACUGCCUUUCAGGUUUUGUCGCAGGUACAAUCUGGCUCUGAUCUCCUUGCAGCUAGCCUAGCGUCAGGCAUUUGUGACAGUGUGGCUGCAUCUCUGAACAACUCGACAAGCGCUCUUCAGCCUCUCAGCUCUGACGUUUCCAACAGCCAGACUCUGGAAGUACUUAAUCAAGGGGUUAAAUCAGUAUCGUUUCCUCCAGUCAUUCUGGAGCACAGAAGCCAGCAACAAACGCUGAAUGAUUUGCAAUCCAUGAUUAUCAGGCUUAACGCAUCUGAGUCUGGCAAUGAGAUCACACGCUUGAUUAUCAAUCGAGUCCACCAUGAGAGGGGAAAUGCUCUCAUUGCACCUCUUUGGCUAGGUUUAACCUUCCUUAAAAGCAAUACGCAGCUCUCCUCUAUAUUCGAUGUUUUCAUCUCCACGGAUGAACUUGAACCCUCGGGUCAACGUUUUUCAAGAUCUGGCAUGAUUGAAGAGUUGUACUACGUCUCAUUGCCUAUACUCAACGAACCAUUGGUUGACGAGUCCAGGGACUGGCGGGUACAGGCACUUGCUCUAGAGGCCGUUGCUCUUCAGGCCCAGCAACUCGGAGAAGCCUUCCGCCCAGAGCUAAUAGACGCGUUAUAUCCUGUCCUUCAAUUAUUGGCAUCCAGCAACUCGGGUCUCCAGAAGCAUGCUAUGACGUGUCUCAACAUUCUCACCACAUCCUGCAAUUAUGCAGACGCCAGCACAAUGAUUGUCGAAAACGUCGACUAUCUUGUGAACUCGGUGGCCCUAAAGCUGAACACCUUCGACGUCUCCCCAUACCCGCCACAGGUUCUCCUAAUGAUGGUUAAGCUGUCCGGCGUGCGACUGAUUCCUUACCUCGAUGACCUGGUGGGUUCAAUCUUCAGCAUACUAGACAUGUACCAUGGCUAUCCCAAACUUGUCGAGAUGAUGUUCCGGACUCUCGCCGCCAUCGUCGAAGAAGGCACAAAAAGUCCCUCCUUCCUAGCAAUCGACAACGGCAGAGACAGCAAUGUUGACCACCACAAGAAGCCAUACGAAAGACUACAGAUUUCCACCCUCGUCCAGGACCUCGCCCACCGCAAAGCAAAGCGUGCCAAAUUAACCGAAGACCUCGGAGACGUAGACGAAGUCAUCCCACACCCGAAAAAGCCCUGGACAAGGGAAUCCGACAACCCCAAGCAACAAGAACCCGAUUUCAACACCACCAUCGACGACCUCCUCAAGGAAGAAGACGACCCAGAUGAACCACUUCCCCCACCCCGCGAAGCCGAAGACAGCGAGAAGCCCCUAAGCAAACCACACAACCUACUCCUCCACAUCAUUCAAUCCAUCCCCUCCCAUCUCUCCUCCCCAUCGCCAUACCUCCGACGCUCCCUCCUCACCAUCCUCAUCGACGUGUUCCCAACCCUCGCCGCGCACGAAAACAGCUUCCUCCCAUUAAUCAACGACUUAUGGCCCGCUGUAUCCGCCCGAAUCAGCUUCCCAUCCUCCCUCACCACCUCCUCAACAACCACAGGCAGUUCCACCGAACUCAUCAACACCAGCCUCAAACAAUCCCCUACCGAAUUCUCCUUCCACGAAGAAACCUUCGUCACCACAACAGCCUGCAAAGCCAUCGAAACCAUGUGCAAAACCGCCGGAGACUUCAUGGCCUCGCGCAUUGAAACCGAGUUUCCCCGCUGGGAGCGCCUCUACACUCGCGCAUGGGAUAAAGUCCGCCAGGACGCUGAGAAAGCAAUCGAAAGACGAGCUCAGCAACAAUCCCAACAAGAGACCAACUCAAACAACGCCCUUACCCUAUCUACAUCAAUAUUCACCCCCUCCCUCUCCCUCACCACAACCGGCACCCACGGCACCCGCACCUUCACCCCCCACCACGCCCUCUGGCGCACAAUGGUCCCCCUAUUCAUCACGCUCCUCACGCACGUCCGACUUCCUUUAUCCAUCGGAGACAAAAUCUGCGAGUUCCUGGCCGCUUGGAUAGUACGGUAUGCUGGACCGGAGUAUUACUCCUCUCGGAUGCGGUAUAACAAGCCUACUCAAACAACAGAAAGUGCUGGUGCAACCACAACUUCUUCUCUAAGCGUGGAAAUCGACUCAGUUGAGGAUGUGAUCCAAGCCAUGGAGACGUGGAAUGCCGAUCUAACGUGGUUUAUCUUCCAGGAGGAGAGGGCGGCGGUGAGGAGGGUGGUGGAGAAGAGUAAGAGGACGACGAGGAUUCAGUCGCAACCUCGAGCUCCUUUGAUCUGUGAGGUGGUUGAAGAAGAAGAGGAGACAUUGAAAGGGUGGUCGAUGGCGGGGACAAGGUUGAGGUUUGCGGAGGUGGCGUUUUAA